ACGGUCCGCCCCUUUCCUCAUCCUCCGCGCUGCGCCGCUCCGCACACCCGGCGCACCAGCGGGACAGUCCGGCUGCACCACCGGCUCCCUCGGACCGCACGAGCCUCAAACACACUGCUAAUGGAAAGAUAAUUAAAGUGGAGUCAGGGAGAGUCCUGUUCUUCGUGUCGCAGUUUCCUUCGGAAUCUGAACCAGUGGAGCAGCCGUCCAGGAGAAGCAGCCAGGCCUUGCUUAAAAGAGGCGCCCUACCGGGGGUAACGGAGGAGAUGAAGAAUUAGAGGAUAAUCCAGGAUGGUUCCGUGGUGCGACCGCAGAACCGUUUGCAGCUGGACUCAGACCUAUUUCUGAGCUGAUGUCGACAAAGCCAAAGCCCAAGGCAAGCGGGGGAAACCAGGCAACCUGACCACACUCCAACUGGCUGUUUCCAGGAACACAACUGCACAGUGUUCUCCUCAAUUUAUGGCCGUUUAAUUCAGCCAGCUAUGCAUAACAACGAGCUACAAAGAGUGGGACAGAGUUUGGCCUGCACAUGAUAAACACAGAUAAUAUUCCAGUGAACUAUUUGGCGAUGCAGGCCUGGAGUUCAAGCUUUCACAAAUUACACGUUUUCAAGAUCUUGGAAUAACCUUUCAGAGCUAUUUCUUAGGUCCGUACUUUGGACUGCUGGACUGUCAAAGCUUUUGGCUCAAAUCUAAGAGGAGAAACAUUCAGUUUUGCCAUUCACUGGGAUUAAAGGCAAUUCCAGACAUUGUUCAACAUUGAUUUUCAAGAAAUACUAAGCCAUUCACCUCUUGUGAACAUGAAUCUUCAGGAAAAGCUGUCAGGCCUAAAAGGUCUGGUCACACACUCCCACAGCAAGCGCCGCUAUAAAGGCGACCUCACGUUGGAUAUGAUCAGCCCUCCUUUGGGUGACUUCCGCCACACCAUGCACGUCGGCCGUGGUGGCGACGUGUUUGGGGACACCUCCUUCCUCAGCAACCACGGCGGCACGGCCAAUGGGAACAAUGGGGAAACAGAUUCUGUCUCCAGCCCUGACAACAAGAUCGGAGCGUUCUUCUCCAGGACGCUGCGUCACAUCAGGAGGGGCUCUGAAAACCGUGCCACAGGAGGACCCAAGGAUCUGUCACCGCCGCCUCCAGUCGUUUCUCCCAUCAUCAAGAAUGCCAUCUCCCUCCCCAGGCUGGAUGUGGAUAUGCCGAAUGGGAGUCCCACUGCCAAAGUGCUCUUCCCCAGUUCUCACAGCACACCAGAGGACAAGAAGAGCUCUUAUGGUCUGGAGUCUGGUUUCGUCACUCUGCCUCGUCUCUCCCGCGCUGAGCGACAGCAGCCCUCCAUCUCCCUCCCCAUUUCCUGCCCCCCUAACAUCCACCGUGGCUCCCUGACCGACCCCACUGAUGCCAUCUUAUCCACCUGCUCCACCUCCAUUGUGACCUCUGACCCCAAACCCUCCUCCACUGCCUUCUCUGACUCCCUCCCUUCCCUCACCUCUCUGGACACCUUCACCUUUGACCUCGGCCCCUCCCUCAUGAGCGAGGUGUUCGGCCUGAUCGACAGCCACCCGGAGGAGCACGGCCACACCUGGGAGGGAGAGGAGGCGGGGUCAGCGUGCGGGCUGACCAACGAGGGAUCAGAGAUGGACUCGGCCACUAUCUCCUACGUGGAUUCCCUGCUGCGAGAGGACUGUGGGGGCAGGAAGAGCCCGCAUGGGGCCGAGUGGGAAGAGGAGGGGAUGGAGGUGAACGGAGUCGGGCUUUCUGUCAAAGUACCUGAUGUGGUGAUGGGGUCUCCUGAACGAGUGAGGUUGGGGAUUGGGAUGGAGAGUGAGCGGUUCCAGAACGCUACAGAUGUGCUCGCGCGUCACUAUGGCGUCAGCCACUUUAAGGGACAGAGCCGGAUGGAGGUUGCAGAUUCAGAGAUGAUGAUCACCAGCCACUCCAAGAACAAAAUAUCCUACAGUUACAUGGACGACGAGGAUGAAAUUAAGGUCUGAGCCGAGCAAAUCUGAGACAUUUUGACACUAAAGAACUAUUGCUGAUGUAUGAUUUCUCUGUAAUUCCAAUCAAAUCAAUCAUCAAAAAUCUUUUUAUGGUGAACGAGGCUGGCUCUUUGGACAGGAUGACCAUGAAAACUCCAAUCCAGUAUCCUUAAUGUUGGAUCCUUUACUUUAAUACAAAUCAUGCUUCAAGGAUGUACAGUUCGGAUGCAAAACUGUUGCUGAAUGUAUCUAAAAGGAGGGAAAGACUUGGUGACGCACGUCUCCAAGCCCAGCACAGAGAGGGAGGAUGCUUUUUUCAAAGGACAGGACUUAAAAAGGACUGAAACAAAGAAGAGGCGUGGACAGCAAGGAUGUGCCAGAGAAUGUGGAUAAGAUAAUCUCAAAGGAAACGCCAACAUAACUCAGUGUAGAAGCAGUCAUUUACUUUAUACUUUUCACACUUCCUCACAUUAGAGGGGAAAAGAUGUUCAGUGUGUGUCCCAGUCACUCACGAGAGAGGAAGUAGGGAUUAGAAAAAAAAGAUUUAAUCUUAUUACAGCCUUCAGGCCUCACUACAAUCUCCUGUCAACUCCUUUCACUCAGGAAUACACUACUAGGAAACAAAAAGGGAAAUAAGAAAUCUGGAAUCUCAGGCCUCAUUAGAUAAACACAAACAUCUCAGUUAUUAGACUACAUGGACUGAGGGAAUAUGACAAGUAAUACUGGUAUUUGCUAGUCGCAACCAAAGCUGAACCAUAUAAUUGGUCAUUGUAUGCUGCAGACUUUUAUAUAUAGAGACUCCGUGCACCUUUUAUGAUUAUGAAGUCCGACUCCUGUAUUACUUUUUAAAGCAGAGUUGUCAUUUAUGUGUUCUUUUAUACAAUGAAGAUAUUAACUGACCUCCUAUAAAUAUGUACUUACAGUAUGAGCACCUGCAGCACAUAGUGCAGUUCACAUCCAUAUGCUGCAGUCAAUACCAAUGAUAUAUUAUGAUGAUAUAAAUUGACAAUAAAGAUGUUUCUAAUUA